AAAAGCAAAAACAAAAAAAGCACAUAAACAAUAAGAUUAAAAAAUAAAAAUAAAAAGAUGUUGUGAGUGAUCUAAUCACUUCACAUACUGCUAAACAUUCCAUUUACUGCUCAAAACGAGCAACAUCAUUACUGAGAACUUUUGUCAGUUGGCAAGCGACUUGCUUAUGACACUAAACACUGCUGUUUCCAUCAUUAAUCUCUCAUUACUUGUGCAGCUGCUGAUAGUGUUCGCUUCAAAAGAUAACAACCAGUUUUUAUGUGACCCAAUAUGAUUUCGUUCCAAAACCUUUUAUCUUUGUUCCUAUUAUAAUACAGUAUUUCCGACUCGGCCAUAUCCCGCUACUUUCGAGUUUAAAAAAUGUCUACUGCCUUCGUACACUCGCUGGAGGUAGGGCUUGUGGGCGUGGCACUUCUAGCGGUGUACACAGCUUUGACCACGCCCACUGUGGUGUGUCUGUUGACACUGACCGUCUUGUACGUCAUCUAUAGACGUGAGAGAAGGAAAGCCGCAGGAACAAUUCCUUUGACAGACAAGCAUGUUCUCAUCACUGGGUGCGACUCAGGUUUCGGGCUGGAGCUGGCACAGCACCUGCAUAGGCGAGGUUGUCACGUGUUCGCCACGGUGCUGAAUCCAGACAGUCCUGGCGCCAAGAAACUUCGUGACGUCAGCUCGCCCAAACUGUCCGUGAUGCCUCUGGACGUCAGCAAGGACGACGACGUCAGCGCGUGUUUGAGAAGGGUCAAGGACGUGUGUGAUAACACAGGAUUAUGGGGACUGGUAAACAACGCUGGUAUUAAUUUCGUUGGGGAUGUCGAGCUGACCACGAUGUCCCAGUAUCUGCGAGUGGCUGACGUGAACCUGUUCGGCAUGGUCCGAUGCACCAGGGCCUUCCUGCCGCUCAUCAGACAGGCCAAGGGACGCAUCGUUAACGUGACCAGCAUUAAAGGGCUGCUGCCAGCACCGGUAAAUGCCGCUUACAACAUCACUAAAUAUGGCGGUGAAACCUUUUCCGACAUUGUCCGACUGGAGAUGAAAGAGUUCGGAGUUAAGGUCGUCAUCAUUGAGCCAGGGAACUUCGGUGGCGCCACUGGUUGUAUCAAUUCUGAAGGAAUGCUUCGAAUAAAGAAAGAUUUUGACUCAAUGUGGGAUGCUGCAUCCGACGAUGUGAAACAGUUGUUUAAAAGGGAGCAUCUUGACCGGGUCUUGGCAGAAACGGAAGCAGCUGCAGGAACUUCUUACCCGACUGUCGAGCCGGUUCUGAAUACCAUCGAGGAAGCUUUGACCUCUGGCGACCCAGAAAUACGUUACAUUAUCGAUGGAUCAAAUAGGCUUAUGGACAAAUACUGCAUGUUGGUUCGAGUGAAGCAUUUCCUCCCAGAACGUCUUUUUGAUCACCUGGUUUUAUACUUUUUUCCAUACAAGGUUGACACCAACUUUUAAUCGUAAUCCAAUCUUUCAUUGAAAAUGUGCUUAAACACUACACCCUUAAAAUACUUGCCUGAAAAAGUUACUGUACUGAAACUUCUGUCUGCAUAAAACAUCAGUGAAACGAAUUUAUGAUGGAACAUUCAGAGGACUAAAGCAACUCUCCUGAAAGAUGUGUGGUAUUAGACUGAAACACAUAUGAUGCACUUGUAUGUCUGAGAGCUUAAAAUAAAACACCGAACCGGUAAUAAAUCUACGAAACACUUGCAGCGAUUUUGUUGAAAUAAAAAAGUUUGUAAAUUGCUAAA